AUGACUGAAUCGAUAGAAGAAGGGGUGGACAAGCACCCAGACCAGGUCUCGAUUACCACCGAGAAGCCUUCCGAUGUCAAAGAUGAUGAGACUCACUUAGCUACGGGGGCCCGGCUGCUAGCUAUCAUUGUUUCUAUUUUACUGGCUAUGUUUUUGGUUGCCUUGGAUCGCACCAUCAUUGCCACAGCAGUCCCCCGAAUCACAACCCAGUUCAAUGCUCUGGAAGAUAUCAGUUGGUAUGCAAGUGCAUACCUUCUGACGAGUUGCGCCACCCAGCUAUCCUGGGGCAAGGUGUACACCUUCUACUCGACCAAGACCAUCUUCCUGAUCGCGGUCCUUAUUUUUGAAGUAGGAUCGGCGGUCUGUGGCGGCGCACCCAACUCCAAGGCCUUCAUCGUGGGGCGUGCGAUAGCAGGGAUUGGAUCGGCAGGCAUAUUUUCCGGCGCGUCGGUGAUCAUUGCACAGAUUGUACCCCUGGAAAAACGGCCCAUGUAUGUUGGGCUGAUGGGGUCGACCUUUGGAAUUUCAUCAAUCGUCGGUCCUCUUAUGGGGGGUGCAUUCACAGAUAACGUAACAUGGCGUUGGUGCUUCUACAUCAACCUGCCUAUCGGCGGUUUGACCAUGGUCAUCUUAUUCUUUUUCCUGACUGUCCCCCACAAACCCCAACCUUACACCUGGAAGCAACAAAUUCUCCGUCUCGAUCCCCUAGGGAGCGUAUUAUUCUUGCCCUCUGUCAUCUGCUUCCUGCUCGCCUUGCAGUGGGGCGGCGCAACCUACCCCUGGAGCAACGGACGCGUUAUUGCACUGUUCGUCAUUUCAGGGAUCUUGAUGAUCGCCUUUGUCGGGGUACAGGUCCGGCUCAAGAAGGAUGCGACGGUGCCGCCUCAUAUCUUCAGUCAACGCAGCAUCAUCAGCGGUGUCGUCUUCUCGAUGUGCGUGGGCGGAGGGCUAAUCUCUAUGAUGUACACACUCCCACUCUGGUUCCAGGGCGUGCAAGGCACAUCAGCUGUGAAGUCUGGUAUCGACACGAUCCCCAUGGUGCUGGCGCUUGUUGUUGGAACCAUCAUCUCUGGGGGAAUUAUCACUGCAACGGGAUACUAUGUUCCGUGGAUGUUUGUUGCGGCGAUUCUCAUGUCGACGGGCGCAGGGCUGAUGACGACCUUCAAAGUGGACACCAACCAUGCCGCCUGGAUUGGGUACCAAGUGUUGUUUGGUAUUGGUAUCGGCACAGGAAUGCAGCAGCCCUCCAUGGCGGCGCAGACUAUCCUUUCUAUGGACGAGGUCGCCAUCGGUAUCUCGCUCAUGUUCUUCUCCCAAUCUCUUGGUGGAGCAAUCUUUAUCGCGGUCGCUCAGUCGCUCUUCCAGAAUUACCUCGGAACAAACCUUCCCCGUGUGCAGGGAAUUGAUGUAGCCAAAAUCAUGGACACUGGAGCAACGGGUCUGUCAGGUGCUGUUCCAGCUAACAAGUUGGCCGAGGUUCUGGCGUUAUACAAUGAUGGCCUCAGGCGGUCUUUCAUUGUUUCCGUGGCAGUGUCCUGUCUGAUGGUUGCCCCCGCGCUGACAAUGGAAUGGAAGUCAAUCAAGAAGGAGAAAGCUACCGCUGCGGCUGCUCAAGAAAAACUAUAG